CUCCCAGCUGCGUCCGCCGCUGCCCUGUCUGGCCGCCCGGUGUCUGCUCCGCCGCUCCGCGCUCUGCGGCGCUCCCACCCUGAACCCGAAGACUCUGCCUCCUCGUUCACCACCCCGGCUCCCGGACCCCCCUCUACCCGGUGAAUGCACCAGCGCCGAAAACAUGACGGGCAUCGCCGCCGCCUCUUUCUUCUCUAAUUCCUGCAGGUUCGGGGGCUGCGGACUCCAGUUCGAGUCUCUCGCCGAGCUCAUCGUCCACAUCGAGGACAAUCACAUCGACACAGAUCCAAGGGUCCUGGAGAAGCAGGAGCAACAGCAGCCCACUUAUCUGGCCCUAAGCUACAUCAACAGGUUCAUGACAGAUGCGGCGCGCAGGGAGCAGGAGACUAUGAAGAAGAAGGCCACACCCAAACUGUCCCUGUCCAUCACCGGCGGAGUGUCUAGGAACAGCACGGCCACGCCUCCUCGCCACACGAGCGGUAACCUGACGCCUCCCGUCACACCCCCAAUCACCCCUUCUUCCUCCUUCCGCAGCAGCACACCAACAGGCAGUGAGUAUGAUGAGGAGGAGGUAGACUAUGAGGAGUCGGACAGCGAUGAGUCGUGGACCACAGAAAGCGCCAUCAGCUCCGAGUCUAUCCUCAGCUCCAUGUGCAUGAAUGGGGGAGAGGAGAAGCCGUUCGCCUGCCCCGUCCCCGGCUGCAAGAAGAGAUACAAGAAUGUGAACGGUAUCAAGUACCAUGCGAAGAAUGGCCACCGCACACAGAUCCGUGUGAGGAAACCCUUCAAGUGUCGCUGCGGCAAGAGCUACAAGACCUCGCAGGGCCUGAGACACCACACCAUCAACUUCCACCCACCUGUCUCCACUGAGAUCUUGCGCAAGAUUCAGGGCUAAGAGCCCAUGGUCAAACCAAUCAACUGCCCCAAACAUAGCCCUAUCCUGACUUUUCUUAGCCGACCGCCCCUUUUAUACCCAUCCCAAACACUAAAGGAUCAAGUGCAUGCUUUAAGUUCUUCAAAUUUUUUUUCAUCUUUUUUUGUUUAUUUGUGUUACGUAAUUUUUUUCUAUCCAUGUAUUUUUGGAGAAAAACAAAUGUAUCUUUGUAGUAUUUUUAUUGUUGUACAUUUGCACAUUCGUAUAUGCUAUCACAUUUUUUUUAUAUUGUUACAUAAGGUGCUAACUGUAAAAAAACAACAGAAAGAAAAGACAAAAAAACAAACAAUAUGAAAGAAAAGAGGGGAAACGCGAAAGAAGAUGUGAAACAGAAAGUGCAACCAAGCCCUGCCCCUUUCUCUGCUCAGCUUUGAGUGGGGCGAAGUUGAUGUUAGUGCUGAUUUAAGUUCAGUGGUCGAUACACUCUAUUUCCGGGACUUCGCUGGGCUUAGAUCUGUGCCUUUGCAGUAACGUCUGGGGGUUUAAGUGCGAGAGUUAAGUUAUACUUUAAUAUAUAUAUAUUGAUAUAUAAACAAUAGACAGAUAUGUAUGUGUACAUACAAAUAUAUAAAAGUAUUCAUGAGCAUAGACAUAAAUAGUUACAUUUUAUUUUUAAGCUUCAAAUUUCAAGCUUUAUUUUAUAUAUUUUUGUCAGUGUUUUAGAUUAUUUCGGGGUUUUUUUUCUUCUACGUAUCAGUAAGUGUUCCUUUUAUUCCUUAUUUGCUGAGACGGCCAGUUCAGUCACAUCAGAGGUGAAAGAUCUCACUGACUUUAGGUUCGGAGAGUCAGGUUUUCUCUCGCCACAUCCUAGAGAUCAGGAGCUAAUAGGCUGCGCCUUUCGGUACGACACACACACACGUCGUAAUCACAUGCUCAUGUUUUACUGUUGAUCAGGAAGGGACGCUGAACGUAUUAGAACACGGCCCAGGCCAGUAAUCCAUAUCUUAAACAUUUCAUCCCCGCAGGAAGCCAUCCAUGUAUUUCAUAUCUCCUGUGUUUCCUCAUUCAGAGUGCCAGAGCUGUGUUCCAGAGACUUAGCUGUGGAAGCAGGUUAAGCAUCAAACCUUAUUCCAGCUGCCAAGAUCUUUGUUGUUGUUUAGUUUUUUCCAUGAUUGUUGCCAACAGCUCUCCACUGCCAAACAUUGACCAUACCAUGUGCCUGAUGAGGGGUGGGGGAAUGAGUGGAUGUACAUCGACGGAAUGUUUUCACGCAUGCUUUCUGUGUCGUAACGAGAGAAAUAAUGUAUGAAAGAAGAGGGUGGGUUUGUCUUUGAAAGACCUGUCAUUUGUGUGUGUUGUAGACAAGAGCAUUCCAAUUCAUUGUUUGUACUGUAUGUGUGUGUGAUGUGCAUGAGUGCCGGGUGUGUGUGUUUUUCAGCAGUAUCCAAGUCAUCAGCCUAUCGAGUGUUAGUGUAUUCUGUGUGUUUCAGUGCUCAGAUCUGUCAUGUUCUCUGUGCCGGGCCGCUGGUUCGACUCCUGUGGAGCAGGAUGGCUGGCUGGCUGGCUGGCAGCGUUGCGUCAUGUAGUGUAGUGGUGGCCAACUUGUUGUCCCCUGACUGGGAUUUCAUCACUCAUAUCAUUGCCUCUAGAAAAACAAGAGCGGUGUGGUGCCGCGUGCCAAGACACAACUGAUUCAUGACAUCGUUUCCCUCAUCGUGCACAAUGUUUUUAUUCUGCAGAAGGCUCAAAGCAUGAGCUUUUUUCUGUUUUGUUCGUUUGAUGGGAACAGUGACCUCUGACAUGCACACACCCUCCUGUCCUCCAAGCUGCUGUUGCCAUGGAAACCACUGGGUUAGCACAGCAAAGAGACCUCUUUUUAAUACACUUUGAUAACACUUCAUUUUCUACAUUGUCUUUAGAAGGCAGAUGCCAGAUUUUUUUCUUCUUCUGGCAUUUGUUUAUUUAACCCCCUAAUUAAUUUUAUAGGGUUAAAUAAACAUAAAUGAUUUAACCCUUUCAUUUCUUUUUUAAAUGAUUUCCUGACUAGUAAUUACCAUGUGACUGUACUGUACAUGCAACGCCUUUAAGUCAUGUGCAACCUUACAAAAGCACAAAUGUGGCCUGAAAGAGCUCCAAAAACCUUGGUAUCAGUUUCAAAGUACGUCUGUGGACUUCAGUACCCUGAAAGCAGCCAUGAGAUAAUGGUGUGCGUGUGAUACAAAGCUUCAUUCCUGCUUUUCAGCGUAGGGGAAGAGUUACCAUGGCUUGGAUCAGAGCAGAGACAGGUCGAGAUGGAUGGAGACAGAGUGUCUCCCUUCAAAGCUCUGUGAAACACUCGUAAAAACCAUCUCCACUUCACAGACAUCGGCGUCACCGUGGCAAUAGUUUCGGCUUUAUACAGGGCCCAAUUGCAGUAUUAGGCUACACAUAUGGGAGAAGAGGAGCGGAGGCUGUGUGCAGAAGGAGGAGAUGAGGGAGGGGUUUCAAUAUACUGUGUACAGUGAAUGUAUUGUAACGUGUCUUGUCAAGUGCUUUUAAAUUAUAUUUUCGUAUGUAACGUGGAGACCAAUGUUUCCUUUUUGUAUGGGGGGGACAACAGGUUCUGAGCGGAGUAACUUGUAAACAAUGUCAAACUGUCUUUCUAUAUAAAAGAGAAGCUGCUUAAAUGUAAACAGGAAGUGACUGAAAAAACUGCAAAAUAAAGUAAAAAGCUCUUUAGCUCAG